CGGAGGCGGAGGAAGGCGGGAACGGCGGGCGCUCCCGGUGCCUUGGCGCCAAGCUUUGAACGGGGUGGCGGCGGGAGCGCGCUGUGCGGUGGGGCCGUGCCCCCCCCACACACACCCCUACCGCCUGAGGCGAUGCUGCGGCCGCCGCGCCGCCUGAGGGGCCAGCGGGAGGUUUUUCAGCAACUGUUCCAGUAAUGUUCUGAAAAGAAAAUGGCUUGCAAACCUGUGGAAAGACCAACUUUCUUUGAAAUAUUUAAGGCACGUUGCAGUGAAUCAGACUUAGGGCCUAUCAGUCUCAACUGGUUUGAAGAGCUCAGUGCAGAAGCACCUCCAUAUGAGCCUAAAUUGUUGGGAGAACUUGAUGGUCCCUUUGGCUGGCUUGAUCCAACAUCUUUUAAAACUCCAAGGGCAAAACUUACCUACAGUCAGCUGGCAUCAACUCCACUGAUUUUUAAAGAACGAAAUAUAAUACUGCCACCUUAUUCUUCUCCUGGAAAAGAACUGGAUCAGAAAAAAACAGGAGCAAGCAAAGAGAAUUUGUUAAGCCCGGAUAUCACAAGAAGAAAAAUAGAUCAAGAAAAUGAAAUAGAUCAAGAAAAAUCUCCUGGUACCUGCUGCAACUGCCUUGCUGCUAGUCCAGCUAUUGUAAGGAAUACUUAUAGAACACCUCAGAGAAAUAACAUGCCUGGACCAUAUGGAAGCUUGUUUUGCACACCAAAACUUUUGGAGGUCAGAACUCCAAAAUGUAUUUCUGAAAGCCUGGGAGCAGAAGUGGAUCCAGAUAUGUCCUGGUCAAGUUCUUUAGCUACACCUCCUACACUUGGUGCAACAGUCAUAAUAGCUAGAGAGAAUGAUUCUAUAUCUGGAGCAAAGCAACAGGAUGAAAGAGCUGAUAUAAUUUUGCACAACUUUUUUUCCAAAUAUGACAAAUAUCCUGGGGUGAGUGAUAAAAGUAUGCUAUCUGUUCCAGAGACAGUUAAGCCGAAUGCUGAAGAUGAUGUCAAAGAUUUUGAGUCGGAGAUGUUAGACGGCUUAUUUGGUGAGAUGAAUAGCUUUGAGGAUACAUUCAACAUGCCUGCUAAGUCCAAUGGAACUCUCCUGCUGAUGCCACAUGGUCUGGAUGCAGUUGAGAAAUGUGAAAUGAAUACAGAUAAAGCUCAAGGAAAGGGGGAUGUUCCUUCUGAGCAGCCUAAUAGAAGAAAGACUGGCAUUUCACAGGAAAUGAAAACAACUAACUGGACUGAAAAAAGCCAUUCUAUUGAAGUGAAGGAUUCUUUACCGAGAAACACAGGUGAAGAUCCGUGGGAUGGUAAAGCAGCCUGUUUAAUAGGACAGGAAAAGGAGUCUGAGUCCCUUAUGAUCACAGGAGAUGUGCAUUACAGAACACACAAGUCAUCUGAGAAUGAGAAGCCUGUGAAAGAAGAUGUGCAGUCUUCAAGCCAGUGGUCUCAACUGAACUUAUCUGAUCUUGAUGUAACUCACUUGGAAAUGUCUGUUUGUAGCUCUUCACCCUCUGACUUACGUAGAGAGAAAAAUUUAGAAGAGAAGUCAGUACUAAUAACUGAGGAUGAUACUCUGGAAACAUCUUUACUGAAUACUUCAGACUUGAUAAAAGCACAAAAGCUGUUGAGUAUCAAUUUGUCAGAAAAGUGCUAUGAAAUGAAAAAUUCUGAAAACAACCCGAAAUUGGAAGUAACUCCAGUAAAUUCAGUGUGCCUGAGCGUUCGCGAUCCAAAGUUAGCAAAAGGAUGUGCAGCUGAGAAGGUUUCCAAAAUGAGCUUCUUAAACUGUAAUUCUUUUUUAAUUGAAAGUACAAAUGUCAUGGAGUAUUCCGUAGUCUACAAUGGCAGCUUUUCCACACAUUUAAAAGCAAUUUCUAAAUCUGUCAUAACAGAUGUUGUGUCUCACCCAGUUGUAUGUGGUGCUACAUCUCCAGAUAACUGCAAUGACCUGCAUUUAAUAAAUAGAGAAAAUACUCCUACAAAGUCUGGCUUUAAAAGCCUGAAUAUGUUAUCCAGCUUGAGAAAGAGAUCCAAGAGACUUAUUUAUACAAUAAAUAAUACUUUACUGUAUCAAGAAGAAAAAAUACAGAAAGAAGUAACCUCUGAAUUGCCUAUUCAUCCUGUAUUAAUGCACUCGGAAUCUGAUUUGUGUGAAUUUAAAGGUUGUCGUGUGGCCAGUGUUGAUAAGCAAGACUGCUUGCUUCUUGCUGAGAGAAAGUGUUUGCAAUCGAAUAUCAAGAAAAAUAAUUUCAGCACUUGUACUUCAAAAACAGAUGUAAUGGGUAGCACAUGGGAUAAUUCCUUCAAUGAUAGGUUGAAGCGACAAGAUCAGAGAGGCUUGGAGGGAAAUGCAAGAGAAGAUCAACCUGCUACGUCAUUAAAAUGCGUAGAAGUAUCUAAUACACAGAAAGAAGACACAACAACUUUAAAAAGUAAAAUAAUUCCAAAUACAAGUAAAGCUCUAACUUCAGCAUGUCUAAUGGCAAGAAAGUGUUCCAGAUUGCUCCCUAAAGGCUGUUGCUUAGAGAAGGGUGAGGAAGAUGAGUACGUGAGUGCUAACAUGAACAAUGGAGAUACUGUACUUCAGAGCCCGAAAGAAGAACUUGUGUGGUCUUCUCCUAGGGAUAAUGAACACUUGAUUGACGUGCACCGUGACACUAUAUCUGUGACAAAUAGCAGUUGCAGUAAUACUCAGAGUCAGAUCAACUUUUGCAUAAAUGGAGUCAGUAGUGAUUGUUGCAGUAAAAUACCAACGGGUAGAAGGCAUGCUACAGACUGGCGGUCAGUAGUUGAUGGCAGAGAAGCAUGUGAACCUUUGGGAAUAAACUACUCAGAAAAUUGUAGUAUUGGAUUAAGACAAAGUGAGAAAACGGAUGCAGCUGCCUGGUCAGAAGUUGUAGCCAACAAUGAAGAGCCAAAGUCAGCUGAAAACAAGGAAAGCCCUCAAGCAGCUGCUUUCAAUAAUGUAGCUGUAGAGUCUGCUAAAGAGUUGUUAGAUUGUAUAGAUAAUAAUUCUUUAAAUGAGGUAAUUUCUGAAGAAGAUAAACAAUUCGUACCUAUGUAUUCCAGCAAAAACCCAAAUGAGAACCUGAAGAAUAAAGGGAAGUCACCAGGAAAUCUUAAUGCUUGCAGUUUGAAUCUGGGCUUUGGUGGCUUUCAGACUGCUUCCAAUAAACAGAUUAAAUUCUCUGAAUUCAGUAUAGCGAAAGGCAGAAUGCUUUUCAAAGAUAUUGAAAAUGAAUGCUUUGAAGCCUGUUCAAUGCAAAGAGUCGGAAACUUUUCAAAUAAGGUUAAAAAGGCAAAUAUGUUUUUCUCAGAUUCAGAAAGCAAGUUGGGUGGUAAUUUAUCUGAUUCUUUAGAUUCACAGACAAGUUUUCUUAAUCCCAGGCUUACACAGUUUAUUCCACAUAAAGUUGGCUUGUGUAAAAGCUUUCCUAGAAGUCCACAAUCCUUGCAAGAAACAAAUCAAACCUUGACAGCAAGCCAAGAAGCUGAAAUUGCUGAACUUUCUAGUAUUCUGGAAGAAACAGGUAGUCAAUUUGAAUUUACACAGUUUAGAAAGCAAAGUAACGUACAAAGUCAUGCCUUUCAACAAUUUGGAACUUUAGAAACAUGUGGAACAAAGAGUGUGGAAAACAUUUUUGAAAAAAGGAAAGAUGCUGAUUUUUGUAGCACUUUUAAGUCUGAAAAUCAAGUGAAAAAUGACAAGUAUUGUACUAAGCAGGAAGACACAAAUGAAGACUUAAAAGUGGUGGAAUAUGAAAAAGAAAAUGCAGUGGUUUUACAUAAAAAUGACAAACACGUUACAUUUACUAAAUUAGACAGAAAUAAAAGUAGAAUAUCCAAUAAGAGCUUUCCAAUAGCUAAACAGGACUGUUUUUCUAAUUUUGUAGGCUUUACUUCAGCUGGAGGUAAAAAAAUAAAUAUUUCUAAGGUGGCUUUGAACAGAUCUACAGAGCUCUUCAGGGACUUGGAGGAUGAUGAUGACUUGUUUAAAUCUUCUGAAACUAGUACUAGAUGUCACAAUUCAAAUGGGCAUAUGUCUUCUAACUGUAAUUCUGUCAGAUGCCUGACAAAAGAAAACAAACAAAAAACUGUUUGUGUUUCAGACUUCAAAAGCAUAGAUGCCAUUUCCCACAAUACACAGGAAAAAAAUGAUGAAAAUACUACUACGCCAUUUAAGGAAAAUAUGGAAAAUCAAACAAAAAGAUCAAUAAAUGAUACUGAAAAUGUUCAUUUCAAUAGUACUAAUGCUAUCAUCAACAGUCUAUCAUCUGUUAAAAAACAUAACCAGAAUCUUAAAACUUUCAAACAAUUUUUGAAUCAAGGAGAUGGCCAAGUUGAAGGCAGGUUGCAGGAAGACUCAUUAGGUGUAGCAUGUCUGGGAGAUGCUGUUACAACUGCAGAAGAACAUAAUUUAAGUAUAUCAGAUACAGUGGAGAACCUGUCCCCUAAUGAGAAGGGAGAAGACAGAAAGGAAGAUGAACGCUUGUCACAAAAAUUUCAAACUCCAGCUGGUGGUGAUAUAUCCAGUUCUGAUGCAGCAUUGGAUCAUUCUCUACACUUGCUCAAUAUACAGUGUGGAGGAAGAGGUGUAAAUGUUUUGGACAACUCUGAUAAACAAAAGAUAAAUUGUGAAAGUAUGGAAGAUGACACCACCCAUGAUAAGAAGCUGUUACUGAAUGAAAGCAGAAUAAAAAUAGGUUCUUACCAUCAUCAUCAUCAAAUACCUUUUGAGCAAGAGGUGAAUUUUGAAAAAAAUCAAGUGAAGGGGAGUUACCUAACUGGUUUUCAUACUGCUAGUGGCAAGAAAAUAAUAAUUGCCGAUGGAUUUUUGGCUAGAGCUGAACAGUUUUUUGCAGAAGAUGUUGAUGUAGGAAGGGAAUAUAAUGAUAAUUUUGAGAAUCUCAUAAAGAAAAGGAAGCAUGGUAAGAACUGCAUAAAAGACUCUGAUUUAUGUAUUGAAGGCAUUGCUCAGUGUGAUCUAGAAAAACCUGGAGAUCAAUUUAAGCUGGCAGUAGAGAGCAGUCCUGUUAAACGCACUGCGGUUCUUGAUCCUGUUGAAGUAGAUACAUCUGUUAAUCUAGGUGAAGGUUGUGGAAGAAGUUUGGUAACUUCAUAUGCACAUAAAGAAGCUGAUGUCAGACCUGGGGAGUCAGAAUUUGAAUCCCUUACUAGACAGGAGAGUGAUACUUUAAGUAGAGCUCAUUUGCCUAAAGAUGGAAAACUGUUUGCAGAGAGAGAGAUGGAAUACUCCCCAAAAAAGAGCGAUGAUUCAGAAAACAUACGUGAUUUUCCUGUGCACUCUGCUGCAUCUCUGCAUUUAAUGAAGGUAUCAGAUAACCUUGAAGAUAAUUCUGUACCUGGAGAUAAAAAAAAUACUUUUUUUGUUGAGUAUAGUAACAAUAGAUCUAAUCGAUCCUUCCUCUUAAAUUCAAAAAGUAGCUCUGUGAACUGUGACAGUAAGAAAUUUGAUUUAGAAUGUUUAAAUGAACCUUGUGCUGAUAGAGACUGCUUUGCAGACACCAUGGUUAAUGCUUGCCAAAACCAGUCACGAGUCAGUCUUCCUGAAGAUGAAAAUAAUUUAACCAGAUUAAAAGAAACAACACUUAGUGUUGAAAAUCAAGAGGGUAAUCUGAAACAAACUGUGUUUAGUACAGCAAAAGGUAAAGCCGUUUCUGUUUCGGAAGGUGCAUUAGCAAGAGUCAGACAGAUGUUUCAAGAUGACUACAGUGAAUCUGUAAAAUAUGAAAUUGAGACUAACUCAAGGACUGAACAAACAGAAGUUGCUGGAAAUUCAUUUGUCAUUCAUACUGAGUGUCCUAAUUCUGCUAAGUUUUUUAAUGCUACAAGAAGUGAAGCGAGUAAUUCAGCUGCAUCCCAUUUUAUUAAAGUAAAUGUAAGUGUUAGUGAAAAUGGUCACCAAGAUACAAACACAUUUGCAGAUGCAAAGUCUGUUUCAAAUUCUCAGAAGCGAUGCUUUGAACAGAAUAUUGAGACUUCAGGGCACUUGCCUGUUCCAGAUAAGCAGAUAAAGCUGACAGAUUCUUCUGUGAGCAGUCUUGGAUUUUUCAGUACAGCAAGUGGUAAGCCUGUACAACUAUCAGAAGAGUCACUCCGGAAAGCUAGACAGCUCUUUUCUGAAAUGGAAGGUAAUCAUUCAGCCCAUGUACAAGAAGACUUUUUAAUUGAGGAAAAUGUUGAAAAGUCUGAAAUGUGCACUGAAGUAGUUCCUAGGAAAAUGCAGAUAGUGUUACCAAAAGGGGAAGAGAAUGCCAGCACUGAAUUGAUUUCAUAUCCUGCUUUUGGGUUCAGCACUGCAAGUGGAAAGCAGGUAACUGUCUCUAAAAAUGCCUAUCAAAAAGCAAAGGCAAUUUUAAAAGAAUCUGUUGACUUUGUAAGCAGUGGGCUUUGUAUUAGAGAUCAGCUGAGUUCAGUUAAAGAGAGUGGUCAAUGUAUAAAAUCUUUAACUGAUAAAGUGAACUUAGAAUCCAAAGUUGAGAAAAGCUGCAAUGAAGACCUUGAAUUAAAAAACUUCCACCCUGAGGAAAUGAAGUCUUUUGCAAGCACUCACCAUGUCAGAAUGCCUGAAUAUAUAUCACAUAGUAAGAAAACCAAGCAAUUAUCAUCACUUAAAAAUAGCUUUCAGCAAGAGGAGACUAGACCUUUUGGAAAAGGGCAGCUGAAUCUGGGGAUGAAAACAGAGUCCGAAGCAAUUUCAUGCAGAGCUACUGCUAAAGGAGAAACUAAUCUUCUCCAGACUCCAAAAAACUACUUUGUAGUGGAGGCUGAAGAAAGUGCAAGAGCAUUUAUGGAAGACGAUUUUUCUGAUUCUGGAGUACAAACUAAUGCUGCAUGGACCUUCAGUAGCAGGCUGGAUAAAAACUUCCAAACGAAGACCCUUGGGAAGAGGCACUAUGAAGAAGAAAACUCACUUGGAGGACCUCCAAUUAAGAGACAGCUACUGCUUGAAUUUAACAGAACAAAGAAUCCCCCCAGAUCCUUGAAACCUUCAGUAAGCACCCCUGAUGGCAUUUUCAGAGACAGAAGAAAAUUUAUGUACCAUGUUCCUUUAAAACCCAUAACAUGUCAACCUUUUGGGGCUACUAAAGAACGACAAGAAGUCAAGAAUCCUAACCUUACUCUACCAGAUCAAGACUUCAAAGGAUUAAAAUCUAAACAUACCAUUUUUCAGCACUGUGCACUAAGGCAAUCUUCAAAUGCUACUUCUGGGUUUUCUACUCCAUGUAAGGCCUCAGCAAAAGAGGGUGAAGAAACAAGAAGUUUGUACAAAUCUGGCAAAACUGCUAAAACUUUCAUUCCACCCUUCAAAACCAAGCUGACAUUUUCUACAGGCGAACAGGGCAGCAGCAAAAGAUGUGAUUCACUGAUCAGCAAAAAUCUGACUGAAAAGACAGAAUUGGGUCGGAUCACAACUGAACAAAAUAUUGCUGAACCUCAAGAUCACCAGUCUUACAUCCAGCAUAUAGCAGACACUGACCUAGAAAAUGGCAAAUCAGCUACGGUCAAGACGAUGACAAAUCUCCGCUUUGCCAGAGAUCUACAGGAUAUGAGAAUUAAAAAAAAAUAUAGGCAAAAUAUUAGCUCCCAGCCAGGCACCCUUUAUGUCAUGAAAACAUCUGCAAGAAAUAGAAUCUCUCUGAAAACUGCAGUAGAAGAGAAAUCUCCUAGGUUUUACUCUAUGGAAGAGCUGUACACAUACGGUGUUACAAAAAAUUGCAUACAAGUUAAUAGCACAAAUGCAGAAUCUUUCCAGUUUCUCAUCAAAGACUUUUUCAGUAAGGAGUAUUUAUUAGCUGGAAAUGGGAUGCAACUUGCUGAUGGAGGAUGGCUAAUACCUACAGAUGACGGAAAAGCUGGGAAAAAGGAGUUCUACAGAGCCCUCUGUGACACUCCUGGUGUGGAUCCCAACCUAAUAACAGAGGCCUGGGUUUACAACCACUAUAGGUGGAUUGUAUGGAAAUUGGCAGCCAUGGAAGUCUCUUUUCCACAUGAAUUUGCGAACAGAUGUUUGACACCAGAAACAGUACUGUUGCAGCUGAAAUAUAGGUAUGAUUUGGAAGUUGAUAAAAGUAAACGAUCAGCAAUCAAAAAAAUAAUGGAAAGAGAUGAUGCGGCAGGUAAAACACUUAUACUGUGUAUUUCUAAAAUCAUAUCGCUAAACACCGUUGCAUGUCCUAGCAGUAGCAAUAAGAAUGUGGAAAGUAAAAGAGCAGCAGCAAUAAUUGAAGUUACUGAUGGCUGGUAUGGGAUUAGAGCUCUUCUGGACCCACCUCUCAAAGCUUUCUUGCACAGAAGAAGGCUGACUGUUGGUCAGAAGAUCAUCGUGCACGGAGCAGAACUCGUUGGCUUUCAGAACGGAUGUACGCCACUGGAAGCCCCAGAUUCCCUUAUGUUAAAGAUCUCGGCGAACAGCACUCGAUGUGCACGAUGGCAUGCAAAACUAGGAUUUCAUCGGGAUCCCCGACCUUUUCCUUUGCCUUUGUCAUCACUUUACAGUGAGGGCGGUGCAGUGGGGUGUAUUGAUGUAGUUAUUCAAAGAACUUACCCUAUUCAGUGGAUGGAAAAAACAUCAGCUGGUUCAUAUGUGUUCCGUAACAGCCGAGCUGAAGAAAGGGAAGCUGCCAAGCAUGCAGAGGAUCAACAAAAGAAACUGGAAGCUCUGUUUGCAAAAAUCCAAGCAGAAUACGAAAAGCAUGAAGAGAGAACUAGCAGGAUAACACCAAGAUCGCGCAUAGUCACAAGACAGCAAAUCCGUAAUUUGCAAGAUGGUGCGGAACUCUUUGAAGCAAUUCAGAAUGCAUCUGAUCCUGGUUAUAUGGAGGGAUAUCUCAGUGAAGACCAGUUAAAAACUUUGAAUGCUUACAGGCAGUUGAUGAAUGAUAAAAAGCAAACUCAGAUACAGGAAGAAUUCAAGAAGGCUUUAGAGUCAGCAGAACAGGAAGAAAAUGGUGGUUCUAAAAGAGAUGUGUCUGCUGUGUGGAAAUUAUGUGUGGUAGACUACAGAAAACAAGAAAAACAUAAAGGAGUGAUCCUGACUAUCUGGCGUCCACUGCUGGAUGUCUGUUCCUUGUUAAAGGAAGGCAGUCGGUACAGAAUCUACCAGCUGUCAACAUCACAGUCCAAAGGAAGAUCAGAUUCAGCUAACAUACAAUUAUCAGCAACAAAGAAAACUCAGUAUCUACAACUACCAGUAUCACAGGAGAUGCUGCUACAGGUUUUCUUUCCGAGAAAUGCUCUAAAAUUCACCAGUUUGUCAGAUCCUUCUUUUCAGCCACCAUGUGCUGAAGUUGAUUUAGUUGGAGUUGUAGUUUCUGUUAGCAGAACAGGUUUUACUACUAUGGUGUACUUAUCUGAUGAAAGCUAUAAUUUAGUGGCAGUAAAGAUCCGGACAGACCUCAGACACUUCGCUAUUGAAGAUCUAGUUGUCCGCUGUUCGUUCCUUUCUGUAAGCAACCUUCAGUGGCAAUCUGAAUUCAGAUCAGAAAUCCCUGUGCUGGUGGCUGGAGAGCUUUCUGUAUUCUCAGCCAGUCCAAAGGAAAACUACCUUCAAGAGAAGGUUAAUGAACUGAGAAGUACAAUAGAGAACGUGGCCUCCUUUUGCUCUGAUGCAGAAAGUAAAAUGAUGAAUUUGCUACAAAGAAAUGUCUCGCUUACACAGAGUUUAACUAAAAGAUGUGACUUGGAACGCCCCUCUCCUUCCUGCAACUCAGGUCUUUAUGCAGAGAAUAAAAGUUUGAUCUCCUCUAAAAUUGAAAUAAAGCAUCAGAGCCCUUUGUCAGCUAGAACAUCAAAUAUGAAACUUGUCACACAAGGGUCAGCAAAAACUCCAUCUGUCACAACUAAUGAAGACCAUCCCAAAACCAGCAAAAAGCGAAAAGCGAUGGACUUCCUCAGUUGCAUACCUGCGCCUCCACCACUGACACCAAUGUGUUCAAUAAUUUCUCCAUCUUUAAAAAAAGCGUUUCAGCCACCCCGAAGUUUGGGUUUACAGCAUAGCAAGUCAUCAAAAGAAACAAAUCAGAAUGUUGGUCACGUCACACCCUGUAGAAAAUUGAGAGAAACUGUCCGUCUUCCUGAGAACGACCUGGUUGCUGAUGAAGAACUUGCAAUGAUUAAUACACAAGCACUCAUGAAUAAUUUACCAGAAGAAAAGAAGAUUGCUUAUGUAAAUGAAAACAGCAAUACAAUAGUUCCUGAUUUAUCUGAUGAUCCUUCACCCCACAACAGUUCUACCGGGGAAGCAAUAAGCAGGACUGAAGUAGCUGAGAAUCUUCAGAAGAACAAAAAGGAAUGUGAGGACUCGUUACCUGCCCACAGAACACUACAAAGACAAAACCUCCGAAAACGCUACUAAAUGCGCUUGUACAGUAUUGUAUAUAUUUCAAAUUAUUUUUACACUUUGUACAUUAAGUCCUGAUUGUAUUGAAUAAUGCUCUAUUACAAAACCAAAGACUCAUUAAAUGACAUUUCAUCUGCAAAAUAA